AGCAGAGCCGGACUGCUGACAAGUGGAGUCUUUAGGCUAGCCACCAAUGUCUACGACGUAUUCGCCGCGGGGAUAGUUUAUACAGCGCACACCCUCAAUAAACGCAGAGCAAACUCCAUUCUAGCAGCACGCGACAUAUUAGUUAGCUUUAGACCUGCACGAGGAUGGGCCGACUGGAUGGGAAAGUCAUUAUACUCUCAGCUGCAGCACAAGGCAUUGGACGAGCGUGUGCAAUCGCAUUCUGUAAGGAAGGUGCCAAGGUCAUUGCUACAGAUAUAAAUGAAGAGAAAUUAAUCGAAUUGCAGCAAUAUUCAGGUAUUCAAACCAAAGUUCUGGAUGUGACUCAGAAAGAACAAAUUGAAAAGCUGGCCAGAGAGACUGAGAGAAUUGAUGUUCUGUUCAACUGUGCAGGCUUUGUCCAUCAUGGAUCAGUUCUGGAUUGUGAAGACAAAGACUGGGAUUAUACCAUGAACCUUAAUGUCCGCAGCAUGUACCUGAUGAUCAAAGCCUUUUUACCCAAGAUGCUUGCAAAGAAGUCUGGUCACAUCAUUAACAUGUCCUCUGUGGCAUCCAGCAUCAAAGGUGUUGUAAACAGAUGUGUGUACAGUACCUCCAAGGCAGCUGUUAUUGGACUGACAAAGUCUGUUGCUGCUGACUUCAUUGAACAAGGCAUAAGAUGCAACUGUGUCUGCCCUGGUACAGUAGACACUCCAUCUCUAAGAGGCAGAAUUCAAGCCCAGCCAAACCCUGAACAGGCUUUGCAAAGUUUCCUGCAGCGACAGAGAAUUGGUAGGAUGGCUACUGCUGAGGAGGUGGCCCACCUCUGUGUGUACUUGGCAUCGGAUGAAUCUGCCUAUGUGACAGGAAAAGAAUUUAUCAUCGAUGGAGGCUGGAGCUUGUGAUUAGUGAAUGUAAAAGUGGUGCACAUAACAGAUUAUCUGAUUCAUCGUUAAUUGACCACAUGAUUCGAGAACUAAUUAUGUAUGGGACUCCUGUCUGUGUGUAGCCCCUCUCCUACAUUGUAAAUCAGUAUAUUGUGUCCCUCCUGACACUGAAUCACUUUUCCUCCUGGUCCUGAUCAUGUCUCCAGUUUAAUAUGCAUGUCCUUCUAAGGAGGUAUUGUUAUAUCCGCAGCCCCCUCCUUUGUGAGAAUCACAAGAGCACUAGUUGAGGGGGGGUCAGGAGACCCAGGAAAUGGGAGAGAGAAACGUGCCGAAUACCUUGUUCCACCGCGAUGCAAAAUAAUGCGACAUUGACCAUUGUCUCCUGGAGACAACAUUUGUGGAUUGGGGACUAUGCGACGUGCAAGCCCUCGGGCAAAGUGGGCUGGUUGAGAGAGAGAUUGCAUCAUCCCAACCUGAUUGACAUCUGAGACCCUGUGAGGAAGUAUAAAAGAGGGUCUGGGGGAACAACCCCUUUAGUCGCACCAGAAGAAACGCUAACGAUCCCGUAGUAGCGGGAAGCCAUUUGAAGGAAGUCACGUGCGUUGGAUUCCGCGGCUGGAAUCGGUGACUGGGACCACGGAAACCAGCUUUUAGCUAACAAUGGGGAAGCCUGCUCCCCUGAUUCAACGGAUUUGCUUCAUAAAAGACCCGGGCAAGUUUCUUUUCUCACCAAUCGCUCUCACUCUCUCUCUCUCUCCAACAAGUGAAAACACAGCGGUCCCCAAAAGGCUGAAGCCUGCAGGAACUGAGUGACUUUUAUAUUUCCAUCGGACAAUAUAUUAUCCCCUAGACAAACGAUCGAGCUGUUUCUCAUUGAUGGUUAUUAUUAGACCUGCGCUUUUAGAUUGAGUAGUGACGACGUAUAUUAUCUGAAUGUUUGUAUUAAUCUUAUCUUUGUGCUCCUUAAUAAAUAAAGACUCUUAAAAAUAGUACCAUCAGACUUCAACCGACCUCUCUGUUGGUAAGUUUGCCAGUAAGUGAUCCAGUUACGGGAUUUCAUAACAGUAUUCACCUUAACUUUGACCCACAGCACUCUCCUUGGUACCAGACCUGCCCAGUUAUAGCCAGUCUACUUUUACAGGUCCGUUCCAUCCUAGAAUAGAUCCCAGGGCCUCAGGAAUCUGAAGCCUUCUCCUGCACCAAGUCUCUAGCCUUAUCAGCCACUCCGACCCUAUCUCUGUAAUGAACUGCUGCUCACAGAGUCAUCCAGCACAGAAACAUGCCCAUCAUGUCCAAACAUCAAAUAUUCAUAUGUACCGAUUCCAUUUUCCAGCACCUGAUCUGGGCCUUGAUGAUUCAUGUGCUUGGCUGGACAUUCUUUAAAUGUUGUAAGAACCUCUGCCUCCGUCACCCAUGCUGCCGUGUGUCUCAGGUCAGUGCUCUCGCCUGCGUUUGUGGUGAGUGAUGUUGUCACUGACUCAACACACAGGGACAGGAUGCUUCAGCUAUUUAUCCUUCAGCAGUAGCGGAUAGCAAGAUGAGAAUGAGCACCCACCCAUGGCGUGGGCACGGAGACUUACCUAAGUGCUGUACUUCCCGUGGCCACUUCAUCACAGUCUCAACCAUCCGUCUGUUUGACACCACAUAGCGUUUUCUCACAGCCCGUCCCAUCACCCAUUGUUCAGAAGCAGCACAAGUAACUGGCUGGAAAUAUCACAAGUGAUGUGUUGAAUUGUGAGAGGAAGUGGACAGUGAUGGUUGUCAGUCUUGUGUUCCACAAGAAACCUGACAUCUCUCUGUGACACGAAAUACUAUUCCAUUCCAAAAGCACAUUGUGAAUCUCUUCAACUUGCUUAAGCCUUCUGCUCCUUUAUAUCAUUGGCUCCACCACUUCUGCCAACUCACUUUCUCCCCUGUGAAGCUUUAAUUUAACUACGAUUUCCUUUCAAUGCAAUUUACAGCCUCACCAAGAGAAUGCCGCAGGAUAUACAGUAAAUAAAAGUUAUUACUGAAAUAAAGUGGUUUCCUGACCUCGAUACUGCAUGAAUCAUCAGAAAUUGUGCAGGCUAGCUUGUUCUUGGAGAGAAGGCUAUGUGCAGAUUGUGAGUGGGAAUUUUGCUUAAGGAGAUAAGUAAACCAGUCACUGGCAGAUCAAAGUGAUACGUCCUGUGAUUUGACAGUAACGAGAAUGAUGAAAUAAAUGCUUGGAUGAGUUUGGCAUUCAUUUAUUAUUAUUAUAUGUAUCAAGAUACAAUAAAAACCUAGUCUUGAA